AUGGAUUAAAAAGAUGAAAAAAAACAUGGAGGAGUUUAUUGUAAAUAAAAUUUGUAGGGCACUGAUUAGCUGAUUAAAGACAUCACUUUAAUAUCUGUCGCCUAAGGUUCAAAAAUGCUAAGUAACUGGGACUAAAUAAAAAAAUACAAGCUGGAUAAUAAUAGAAUUAAAGAGAAAAUCAAUUUUGUUGUUAAGAAAAACGAAAUCGAAGAUGUAACGUAGAAGUAAAAGAUAUAAAAAAUAUAGGAACAGGGAUAGUAAUGGACAAAAAAAAUAUUAAUAGAAUUAGAGAGAUAGGAGUUGUUAAGGAAGGAGAUUGAAAAGGUACAGCUGAAUAUUUAGCAAAAGAACUUAAAGGUUGGCUAAGGAUAACACUAAAUUGGUCAAUAAAUAAGUGAAUAAGAACAAAUAUCGUAAUAGAGAAAAUUGUAUUAGCAGAAGUUAGAUAAACUUAAGGCUAAAAAUAACAAAAUGAUUGCUGAGAUAUAGAAAUUAAAGGAAGAAGUUAAGAUCUCAAGGAAUGAAAGAGCAUUUUUCGAUAAUGUAUUUAAAAAUUUAGAAAGAGAUAUGAAGUAAAAAGAGGAAUUGAUAAAAUAAUUUGUAUUAGACAACACUCUAAAUGGGUAUGAGUUAAAGAAAUAGGAAGAAGUCAAUGCCAUGAUUACUAAGCUGAUGGAAAAGGAGUAAUAGCUAUUUAAAAUCGCAUAUGAAAGCUAAAUGCUAAGUAAGCCUAAUGAAAUUUAUAAUAUAGAAGAAUUGACUAGCUAAAUUUAAGUCGAUAACUCAAAAAUUAAAGAAGCUUUAGAUGAAGAAGAUGAGGAAGAGGAAGAGAAUAAUUUUGAGUCAAAGCUAGAACCCAAUCAAACCCAAAAUUUAAGUAGAAUCCAAGAGAUGAAGUAUGAGAAUUUUUUAAAGUUGAAGAAAGAGUUAAUUGCAAAGGUAAAUAAUGAUAAAGCAGAAUGUGAUAAUAAAAGCGAAUAAAUCAAAAAGCUCUUAUUAAUGACAAAUACAGAGUCGAUAGAUUAGUUUAAACUUGAUUAUAAGAAAAAUGAAGACUAAAUCGAGGAGCAUUACAAGCAAAGCGAAUAUUUAAAUGGAGAAAUAAGUUCAUUAAGGAAACAGAUACAAGAAAUUGAGACAGAGAUAUUUAAUUAUCAAGAAUAAAAAGAUGAUUUGAUCCGUUAAAUGGAUUAGAAGAAAUUAAUAACUACAGAAAAAGAUAGACUCAUAAGAGAUAUAAAAUAAAUAUAAGAUACAUAAAAACGUAUUAAAGAGAACAAUAUCGAGAUUGAAGAAGAUCUGUAUGUAUUUUGCAAGCUAAUACCACCAAUGCUCCGUGAAUUAAAUGUCAUGUCAGAUGAAUUUCUAAGGGAGAACAUUCAUAUGAAUAUUCAUCCGAAUAACGUUUUAGAUUUUUUUGGAACAAUUGAAAAGAAAACUACACUGACAAAUGUCAUAUAUAAUAGAUUGCAAGAAACUAAAUUUGCUAACGUAAGGAAAUCCAAAAAGAAAAUGACAUUUACGAAUGUUGUCAAUAGCGCUACCUCUUUAAAUAAUACUACUACUAGAUUACCUUUUAAUUAUGUUAAAAUUAUGGAUAGAGAAAAGAAAUAAAAAUAACUCAUAGACUACUUGGACAAGAUGGAUUAGGAGAAAGAAGCAGAUUCUUUAAUGAUGCCUUCCCAUUUUAAGUUGCAAUGCUAAGCUGAUUUUUCGAAGCUAAAUUAGCAUGCAAGUCCAUAAAAAUAAUUUAACUAAGUUCGAGAGUCAAUAAGAGUCCUAUCUAAUUUCUAAACAACAUAAAAAAAGAAAAAUGGCGUAAAAUGA